AUGGGUAAUUCCGAGUUGAAUGAGUAUUCAUUCAAUGAAUCAAAAUUGGGUUUGCAGCAAGGACACCAUGAUCACUCAAAUCAACCGAAUUCAAAUCAAAAUUUUUUAAAGCAUACUUUUAAUAGUCCCCUGCCUACCACCACACAGUUUCCUACACCAUAUUCAACAAUUCAGAUCAAUAAUAUGAUGUCGAAUGGGAAAGAUAUGGAUUUUAAUGAUGGCGUCAAUAAUAACCGUAGUAAUGGUAAUACUAACAACAAUGCAAAUAAUCAUAAAACAAACAAUAUCGACUCCUCAUUAAUUGAAAACAGUAUGCUUCCGGGAGUAAAUAAGAACGGUAUUUUAAGUAAUAUGAAUUUGCAACCUUCACUAGCAUUGAAUUUAACAAAUUACAACAAUAAUAACGCCGCUACGGAUACCAAUACAAAUUUCAGCAACAAUAACAACAGCAACAGUAAUAAUAUCCCAAAUGAGUUUUUAUUGGCAUCCCCAGAACAGUUUAAAGAAUUCUUACUGGAGUCUCCUUAUUUGAAUUUGAAUUUAUUUAACAAAACUCCAGCCAAGACUCCGUUACGAUUUUUUGCUGAAUCUGUCUCAUCUAAUAAAAAUUCAACUUCUAAUGGAAAUGGAAAUAAUUUAUUUGGCAAUAUUGUAACUGGAACAAAUUCAAACACUCCAUUGAAAAAUAUGGACUUGAAUUUGAUGUUUAACUCAAAUCUAUUAGCAAUGACGUCUUCGCCUUAUGAAAAAAGAAUAAUGAAUGAUAUCGGAACGCCAUACGCAAAAAAUACCAUAUCUUCGAAUAGUGCCUUCACAGAUUUCCAAAAGGCAAGAAAGGAUUCAAUUAAAUCACAACAAAGAACUCCAAACCAAUCAUUAAGAACCUCUAAUUCAAAAUUAAGCAAGAAAAAUUGUUAUGAUGAAAGCGACAUUAAAAAUAGCGAUAACAAAGAGAAUACAGACAUAUACGGUUCUUCUCCAACAACCGUUCAAUUGAAUUCAUCGGUUACAAAAUCAACAAGUAAAUUGAAUUCACAAAAUAUUCCAAAGCUAUUAGUGAACGACAAUUGCAUAACAGGUACCGUAUUUAAAAAUAAUAAUAACAACCAUGAAAUGACUAAUAUUGAUGAAAGAUUAUUUGACAUGGAAAUGAAUGUGAAUAUGUUACCUGUCUCUCCUACCCCCAAAAAGCAUAACUUUACAAUGAACCAUGAACAAGAUAUCAGAAUUCCUGAACUACCCAAGAUGGGUUCAUUCACAAGUGAGAAAUCACUUUCAAUCACUCCAAGAUUUACGAACAAACCAACUAAAGCUAUGAAUAACCUUGACGUCAAUACAUAUCUAUCGAAUGUUAUUCCUUCUAAUACGAACACUUUACCAAGCAAUAGUUCUAAUAAAGUGGUAAAGAAAACAAAGAAGCAAGCUAAAUUCCAAAUUAUUGUUUCUAAUGCGCAUAGAUUUAAUGCAUCUCAAGGCUACCCACCGAACGCAAGUAUAAAAGGAAACAAAAAGCCUAAACUCAAGAGAACUAGAUCUUUAGUUGUUGGACCAACGAAAUCCAAAAUCAUGUCUUCCAAAUCAACUGAUGAUAACACAAACCAAAAUGAAAACUCUACGCAUCAAAUUGACAAGAAAACAUUCACAAACAAUAAUUUUAUUAAUCAAGACUCUUUACAAUUUCCGAAUUCUCAAUAA